GGCUGGCUGCGAAGGAUGGGGGAGCCGAAGGGAUGCACGGGGAGGCAGGCCCGAGGCCUCAGGCUGCAGCUGCUGCUGCUCCUGUCGCUGCUGCUCUUGCAGCCGUCGCCGGGCUUGGCGUCCGGGGCUGCCCGGCCUCCGCACGUGGUCUUCGUGCUGGCAGACGACCUGGGCUGGAACGACGUGGGCUUCCACGGCUCGGUCAUCCGCACGCCGCAUCUGGAUGCGCUGGCGGCCGGCGGGGUGGUCCUGGACAACUACUACGUGCAGCCGCUGUGCACGCCCUCGCGGAGCCAGCUGCUCACUGGGCGCUAUCAGAUCCACACAGGCUUACAGCAUCUCCUCAUCAGGGUCUGUCAACCCAGCUGUGUUCCGUUGGAUGAAAAACUUCUGCCCCAGCUCCUGAAGGAAGCAGGCUAUGCUACGCAUAUGGUCGGAAAAUGGCACCUGGGAAUGUGCCAGAAAGAAUGCCUGCCAACGCGCCGAGGAUUCGAUACCUACUUCGGAUACCUCCUAGGCAGUGAAAACUAUUACACCCACGAGGUCUGCGCACUGAUUGAGCCUUUGAACGUUACACGGUGUGCUCUCGAUUUCCGAGAUGGCGAAGAACCCGCAACACAAUAUAACAAUACUUAUUCAACACAUGUAUUUAGCAAAAGGGCUACAAGCCUCAUAGCUAACCACCCACCAGAGAAGCCGCUGUUCCUCUACCUUGCUCUCCAGUCUGUCCAUGAUCCCCUUCAGGUUCCCGAGGAAUACAUGAAGCCAUAUGACUUCAUCCAAGAUAAGCACAGACGUAUUUAUUCAGGGAUGGUGUCCCUCAUGGAUGAAGCAGUGGGAAAUGUCACUGCAGCCUUGAAGAGCCGUGGACUCUGGAACAACACGGUGUUCAUCUUCUCCACAGACAAUGGUGGACAGACUCUGUCUGGGGGCAACAACUGGCCGCUUCGAGGAAGGAAAUGGUCCCUGUGGGAAGGAGGCAUCCGUGGAGUGGGCUUUGUGGCAAGCCCCUUGCUGAAACAAAAAGGCGUGAAGAGCCGGGAGCUCAUCCACAUCUCGGAUUGGCUUCCAACACUGGUGAAUCUGGCUGGGGGAAGUACCAAUGGUACCAAGCCUCUGGAUGGCUUCGAUGUGUGGAGAACCAUCAGUGAAGGAACCCCAUCCCCCAGAGUGGAGCUGCUGCAUAACAUUGACCAGGACUUUUUCGACAGUUCACCAUGUCCUGGCGAGAGCAUAGCUGAAGCAAAGAACGAUUCUUUUCCUUUAGAAUAUUCUGCCUUUAACACAUCUAUCCAUGCUGGGAUUAGAUACAAGAAUUGGAAGCUCCUCACAGGCCACCCAGGCUGUGGUUUCUGGUUCCCACCUCCAUCUCAAUCCAACAUUUCUGAGAUACAGUCACUGGAUUCAUCAACCAAGACACUCUGGCUGUUUGAUAUCAAUGAGGACCCUGAGGAAAGACACGACCUGUCCCAGAAGCAUCCCCACAUUGUCCUGAAGCUGCUUUCCCGCCUGCAGUACUACCACGAGCACUCUGUGCCUUCCUACUUCCCACCCAUGGACCCCCGCUGUGAUCCCAAGGAUACCGGCGUGUGGAGCCCCUGGAUGUAGGGCUCCAGAGGGCCGGGAGUCUGAGCACAGUUAGGUGCAGGCUAGACCUUGGGCCCCUACUCAUUUGACUUUUCUCUCCUUUUAAAAAUCACCCGAGUCACUUCACAUGGCCCUCAUGCUACAUAACCCACCAAGGGAGUCCAGUUUCAAACCACAGUACAUUCCAAAAGCCAGUAAAAUAUGGACGAUCCUGCUGUUGGCUGGAGUUAGUGUCUGGAGCCCAGGGUGGCUGGGUUCAUCCUGCUUCCUAAACUGCAGUCGCUGGGAACGGAACUUGACAUAGGAAGCUAUCCCUGAGUCCUGAGGCCAGAGCAGCUGGCUCUUUUUGCUUCACAAGUCAGUCAUUAGAACUCCCUCUGCUAAUAACCACUUUUAUUGGCAAGACACAUGUAACAAAAGAGGCAGAAGAUUGCUAGUUGUUCUGCUGGCCAUAAGGGCUCCCUGUCUAUGGGAUCUUGCUCAGCUUCCACACCCAUGACCCGCCAGCUCACCCUUCACUCCUUCAUCUCCCUGUGGAGGGGAAAGCCCAUUGCAAUAAGCCAGCGUGGAGGAUGCCCAUGCCUUUGGUUUCCAGAUGACUAAAGGUAUUUUACCCUGCUACCCCACUCUCUAUUGCUCAUUCUGUCUAGACUUCUGCUACCCUGGCUUGUAUGGCUCUGUUCCUGUUAUGCCUUUGGACUACAGUGUCCUGUGUCUGAGGUCACUUUCCCUUCCACUCCAAGCAUUCUGAGCUCUGGGAUAGUCCUAAGCCCUGCCCCGAGAGGAUGGACUGGUCAUUCUGUGGCCAUGCUCAUGGGUGUUGUGGUUCCGUGGCAUCUGCUAAGGUGGUUGCAUGGAAUCCAGGAGGAUUGCGGAUGUGUCACCGAUAUGCCAUGAUCUAUGCUGCUUUCUCAAGCAGUGGGAAGAAAGGCCAGGAAAGCACUUUUGUCCUGGGAUGAUGGAAGGGGCAGUUUGAGAAAGGGUGUGGCCAGUGUCUGGUGUGUUGGCCUUAGUAAAACCGAGGAGACACCAUGCUUAUUCCUCUCUUAUUCCUCUCUUAUUCUGGGGUUGAAGAAUGAGAAUACAUUAUUUGACUUUCCACCCUUCUCAGACAUCCUUAUAUUCUGCUAAUCUGACUCCAUCCAGAUUAGCCUCAGAGAGUGUCAAACCCAGAUAGAUGCAAAACCCUGCUCCUCCUCACCAUGGUUGCCUUGUUCACGGCUUACUCCAACGCCUGCAACAGGGUCUGGGGUAUAGGCACCCAGUAUGCUUUUUUAAAUGAGUGAAUGAACUGAAUAAAUGGGAAAGACUCACCAUGAAAGAUACUAGUCCAGUGAGCUGACUAGAAGGGCAGUAUCAAUGUCCUCCAGCCCAUGCUAGUCUGUCCUUAAGUUGUCCCCUCUGGCCUGGUAGGAGCUUGAUCUGUAUAUCUGGGCAGUCACUGGUCUUGCAUGGUAGGACUGUGAUAUCCUCUCCAGGGGGACAAAAGGUAUCCGUUUUUGUCAACAAUCUCCAUUUCCAUUCUUUGCCAAGCACUAGAAAUUAAAACAACUAUAUAAUAUGAUAUAGGUCCUUAUGUACAGCCAUCUUCAGUUUAGUAGCAAUAUUUCCUGACCAUUAAUAUUCUGUAUUUUAUUGUGAUAAGACUAUUGCAAGAAAAUGGUGCUACAGCUAAUGACAUCUUUUACCAACCUUUACUCAACUGUGCUGGCAGAAAGCUAGCCAUCAGGCCACCCCUUACUCCAGAGCCUAUGGCGAGAGCCUGAAUGGCAUGAGACUGGAUGCUCCUUCUGUCCCACGGCAGUAGGUGACUGUUAUUCUUCUGAGACUGAAGAUUACUACUUCAUAACACCCAUUUGCAUUUCCCUCAUUAUUCUCUGAGCAGCUGCCCUCAGUCCUAGCUCUUUGAUUGUGAGCUAUCUUGGGAAUGUUAACAUAGCUAGCGAGCUCUUUGAGUGUGGGCUAUCCUUGGCAUGUUAACAUAUGAAUGGGUUAAAGAAGAUUUUCAGAAAAUGUUUUUAAAAAUGACUAGAGAUUCUGUUUAGUAAAACAAAUAGAAUGGCAUAGGUCUCAGGAGCAAUCUCCUUGGAUUUUUAUGAUUUAUGUAAAAAGAAAAGAUUCAUAACUUCUCUUUGGAAAUGUUAAUGUUAGUUCUUUCCAAAUGUGUUUACCUUUAAAGAAGGUUUUGUUUAUUAACCUUCAAA